AUUUUUCUGUUGGCAUGGGCACAAAUUCCUCCCAUAUUCACCCGUUGGUAUAAAAUCAGACGAACAAGACUGGUUGUUCUCGCACUCUGGGACGAACCGAGGGGUUUGCUGCUUGAUAGUUCUUUGUUCUGCACCUAGAGCUGGGAAAUGGCACCAGGCAAGAAGGGAAUCCUUGAGCGCCUGAACGCGGGCGAGAUCGUCAUCGGCGAUGGAGGUUUUGUCUUUGCUCUGGAGAGGAGGGGCUACGUGAAAGCCGGGCCAUGGACCCCCGAGUGCACUGUCACGCACCCGGAGGCUGUGCGCCAGCUGCACAGGGAGUUCCUGAGGGCCGGAGCUAACGUCAUGCAGACCUUCACCUUCUACGCCAGCGACGACAAGCUGGAGAACAGGGGCAACAAGCUCACCUUAACUGGAGCACAAAUCAAUGAGGCUGCCUGCGACCUGGCGAGGGAGGUGGCCAAUGAGGGUGACGCUAUUGUGGCUGGCGGCAUUUGCCAGUGCCCGACUUACCUGAGCGGCAAGAGCGAGGCAGAAGUGAAAGCUGUCUUCAAGAAGCAGCUGGAGGUGUUCCUGAAGAAGAACGUGGACUUCCUCAUCGCCGAGUACUUUGAGCACGUUGAGGAGGCCGAGUGGGCUGUGCAGGUGCUGAAGACUAGUGGGAAGCCGGUGGCCGCUUCAAUGUGCAUUGGGCCUGAGGGGGACAUGCACGGGGUCACUCCAGAGGAGUGUGCUGUCAGGCUUGUCAAGGCCGGCGCCCAGAUUGUUGGAGUCAACUGCCACUUCGACCCCUUCACCUCCGUGAAGGCCGUCCAGAAGAUGAAGGCUGGUGUGGAGAAAGCCGGACUGAAGGCCCACUACAUGGUCCAGCCCCUGGCCAUCCUUACUCCUGACUGCAACAGCCAGGGAUUCAUCGACCUGCCAGAAUUCCCCUUUGCUCUGGAGCCCCGGAUGAUGACCCGCUGGGACAUGCACAAGUACGCCAGGGAGGCAUACAAGGCUGGCAUCCGCUACAUCGGUGGCUGCUGUGGAUUCGAACCCUACCAUAUCCGGGCUAUCGCCGAGGAACUGGCGCAAGAGAGAGGAUUCCUGCCCGCAGCAUCAGAAAAACACGGACUGUGGGGAGCCGGUCUGGAGAUGCACACCAAACCCUGGGUCAGAGCCAGAUCUCGGCGUGAAUAUUGGGAGAACAUCCACCCUGCAUCUGGACGCCCCCUGUGCCCCUCCUUGUCCACCCCAGAGUGCUGGGGUAUAACCAAGGGCCACAGUGACCUGGUGCAACACAAAGAAGCCACAAGUGCUCAAGAAAUGAAGCACUUGCUGGAAAUGCAGAAGAAACAUAAGCACUAGUGACUUGUGACACGUGCUCAGCUUCAGAAGCAUUAUUCUGUCAACCCCAAAACAAUAAAUGACAACAAACAACAA